AUGACUCACUCCGAUGCCGAUUUGCAGAAGCCUACGGGCGAAUACCGCCAAUAUUUGCCUGAUCUCAGUCUGAAGCGCUUCCAGGUGAUGCGCACACAGGAUGCUCAUGAAUACGCACACGAUUUCAAAACGCAGCGUCAUCCUCCGUGGCUGCACGCACUCUACAUGCACUGGCUGGACCUGCUACAAGAGCCGUUCAAGGGUGUAACCACUGAUGGGAAUGUCCGGCCCGAUCUGUUCAAGCUCCAAGAGGAGGAUGUUCCAAUUGGCACAAUUGUCGAGGCUGUGCAAAACGUGCUGUCCCUUGCCGAUGACAACCAACGCAAAGCCCUGUGCUACCACAUCGACUCCCCCGAAUGGCGAACCUGGUCCAACCCCGAGUUCCUUCUCAGUCACAAGGGUCUUCGCCUUGAUGAGAUUGAUAGCAAGCUCCGCGACGCUGUUCUGGACGUCCUCAAGGUCACACUUUCUCCUGAAGGCUACGAGAAGGCCAUUGCGGCCAUGCGCAUCAACCACUUUUUAGGGGAGCUGGUGGACGGCACAAAGGUCAUGAAUGAAUUCUCUUACAAUUUUGUCCUCUUCGGUCGCCCCUCAACCACCCGCCCCUGGGGAUGGUCUUUCUACGGUCACCACCUCUGCCUCAACAUUUUUCUUUACAAGGGUCAGAUCGUCGCCUCUCCGUGGUUCACUGGUGCUGAGCCCAAUGAGAUUGACUCUGGCCCUUACGCCGGCACUCGGAUCAUGCAGGUGGAAGAGGAACUUGGUCUUCGCCUCAUGCAGUCCCUUUCUCUUGACCUUCAGCAGAAGGCGCGCGUCUACGCCGAGAUGCACGACCCGGCAAUGCCUCCCGGCCGCUGGAACCGCGAUGAUCAGCGUCAUCUCUGCGGUGCGUACCGUGACAACCGCGUCGUGCCCAACGAGGGUAUCCCCGCUAGCUCGUUCAACGAAGAGCAGAAGAAACUUAUGUACGGCAUCUUCGAGCAGUACCUGCUAUAUCUUCCUGCUCGUUCCCGGCAGUUGAAAUUGGAACAUAUCCGUCAGUUCGAGUCCGAGACCUACUUCUGCUGGAUUGGUUCCUACGGAAACGAAGACCCAUUCUACUACCGCCUACAGAGCCCGGUGAUCCUGGUCGAAUUCGACCAUCACUCUGGUGUCUUCCUUAACAAUGAGGAGCCCAAGAAGUUUCACAUUCACACCUUGUUGCGGACGCCAAAUGCCGGCGAUUACGGCAAUGCUUUGCGCCCGCUGAUUCCAGCUGUGGAGGGGCUGAAUGGGAAGGAGAUCGUUUGGGAGAAAUCCGCCCUAUGA